GUUGGCGUCUAUCCAAGACUUUUGAACGUCUUCAGUUGACGUCUAUCCAAGAAAACUUCGAAUCAAAAUCAUAACUUGUUAUAGAUGAACAUGGCUACAUGUUCUGCAUUCUCACACACAAGCAACUCAGAACAAGUUAUGGGACUUCUUAAGAAGACAAACUUGUUGUCUGUCCUUUGUUGCUUCUGUUUAAACUUAACCGUUGCCAUAGACACCAUUAGAUCUUCUCAAUCCAUCAACGACACUGAAUACAUAAUAUCCAAUGGGAGUGCUUUCAGACUAGGAUUCUUCGGCCCUGAAAAUUCUACCAAUCGCUACCUCGGAAUCUGGUAUAAUAAUAUUUCUGUAUUCACUGUCAUAUGGGUAGCUAAUAGACAGAAACCACUCAAAGAUUCUUCUGGGAUUCUUACUAUAUCCAAGGAAGGAAAUCUUGUGGUACUAAAUGGACAGGAAGAGAUUUUUUGGUCAUCGAAUGUUUCAAAUUCUGUAACCAAUUCUAGUGCCACUCUUGGGGAUUUCGGAAACCUUGUGUUGCAGCAAGUUGAUACUACAGCACUGGUACUGUGGGAAAUUGAAAACCAUCCUUCUGAUUCCUUCUUGCCAAAGAUGAAACUUAGUACUAAUUUAAGGACAGAUCAGAGAGCAUUGAUGCACUGA